AUGGCAUCCUAUCUGGAGAAAGUGCGCCGCCAGUCAAAGCAGCUGUUCCCUCAGUCAAAACAGAAACCCGGCGCCCCUCCCAUCGAAGACCCUCCCAAAGUCUCGGAAUCCGCCGUACCGAAAGUCGAGGAUGCUGCCGUCCCAAAGAUCGAAGAACCCGCUGCUGGCCCUAGCGGCCCCGUCCCCUCUCCACCAGCACCAACUGUCGCCAACGCCAGCGAAGAAGUAGGAAGCGAGCCUGUCCUUGACGCCGAAGACCAGCAAUUCCUUGAGCGACUUGCCGCCAUCGCCGCGGAGCCCGAAGGCACGCCCCCGCCUCUCCCUCAGCGUACCGAAAUAGUCGACGACAAUGGCGAGAAGAAGGUCGGCAGGGAUGCGCAAACAGCCCUCAUGGACAAUGCAGACAAAGUGCCGCUCCCCAUGAGUCCACCCGAGACCACUGCUGACGCUAGCGACAAGGGCAAAGGGAAGGCCGCUGAGGGUGGACUGGGUAGGAAGAAGAGUGUCAUGUCCUACUUCCAGCUGCCCAAGUUCGCCAAGAAGGACGGGGAGAAGGGCUCCAAAGACAAGAAGAUCGUAGUCACGGAGAAGGACAGGACCCAAUUUGCAGACGACCUGCUCGCUGCCGCCGAAUCCGCCAAGGCUGCCGAGCUCACCGAUGCGCAGAAGGAGGACAAAGAGUUGACGGAUAUUUUAGAUCAACUCAACCUUUCAGCUGUCAACAACCGCGUCUUCAGCUUCAGUAAAGAGUCGGAGGAGCUUCUCAACAAGUUCACGCAGGUUCUAAAAGAUCUCAUAAACGGGGUACCGACAGCCUACAACGACCUCGAGAAGUUGUUUACAGAUUACGACAACCAACUCAAGAAGAUGUACGGCAACCUACCGCCUUUCCUGCAGAACCUGGUCAAGAGUUUGCCUGCCAAGCUCACAGCCACUCUCGGCCCAGAGCUCAUGGCUGCAUCGUCCGAGAAGCCAGGAUUCGAUGCACAGGCUUCCAGCAAGCCCAAGGGCAAGAGGUCUAUGCUUCCUCAAGUGCCCAAAGUACCGAGUCUGAAGUCGCUGGUGUCCGCUCAAGGUGCUGUUGCGACGGCGCUGAGGAGCAUCGUGAACUUCUUGAAGUUCAGGUUCCCUGCUCUGGCAACUGGGACCAAUGUCAUCAUGAGUUUGGCAGUAUUCGUACUGCUGUUCGUAUUCUGGUACUGCCACAAGCGCGGUCGCGAGACCCGCCUCGAGAAGGAGCGCCUCGCUGCUGAAGACGGCCAAGCUGGACGUAUUAGCAGCGCCUCCUCCAUCAACGAGGAGACCGACUCUAUCUUCGGUGAUCAGUCCAAGGCGAAAACAAAGGACAGCGGAAAGAUCACGCCUGCUUCUCCGCCUCAAGAACCACUCAUCAUCAAGGACAACAAAGAGAAGGAGGAAGAGCAGUCUGCGUCGGUAGCUGAUCUCCCGAGUGUGUCGCAUCUUCCCGAUCCAAAGUCGGGAGAGGUACCCCGCACAGCCACUCCACCUCCUGAUCGCAAGUAG